CUCACUAGUCUCUGUAGCCGGAAGAGGAACGCCUUCAAGCGUACGCGAAGCAUUCAAUAUGAUGCAGGUCCUCGUUAAAGACUGUCCUCCCGGGAUGUUCGACCUAACGAAGGAAUGGAAUCUGUCGUUCGCCGGCUGCGGGUUCCUGGGGAUCUAUCACAUCGGAGUGGCCAGCUGCCUGUUGGAACAAGCGCCCUACCUUAUCAAAGGUGCCACCAAGAUUUACGGGGCUUCGGCCGGUGCCCUAACCGCCUCGGUGCUCGCCAGCCAGGCAUCCAUAGCUAAGUGCUGUGAGGAUGUGAUCGAGACAGUAAAGGAGGCCCGGAAGCGUAACCUGGGUCCCCUCCACCCCUCCUUCAACCUGGUCAAGGUCAUCAGGUCGGGCCUGGAGCGUGACCUGCCCGCCGACGCGCACACACUCGCCUCCGGGAGGCUGUGUGUGUCACUCACUCGCGUGUCUGAUGGACAAAACGUCAUCGUGUCCGAGUUCAAGUCCAAGGAGGAGCUCAUCCAGGCACUGCUGUGUAGCUGUUUCAUCCCCAUAUACUGUGGCCUGAUCCCUCCAUCCUUCCAAGGAGUGCGUUACGUGGAUGGGGGAAUCAGUGACAACCUUCCUCAGUCGGAGCUGAAGAACACCAUCAGCAUCUCUCCGUUCUCCGGCGAGAGCGACAUCUGUCCCCGGGACACCUCUUUCAACUUCCACGAGCUGCGCUUCACCAAAACCUCCAUCCAGAUGAACCUGGACAAUAUGUACCGCCUCAGCAAUGCCCUGUUCCCCCCAGAACCCAAGGUCAUGGCAGAGAUAUGUCAGAGUGGCUACAAGGACGCCCUUCGCUUUCUUGAGGAGAACCAUCUGCUGAAGCUGGAGUGUCCGACUGCCGGCCCCAGCCUAUCAGAAGCCACACACACCUGCUGCUGCAAGCCCAUCGCCACGGAAACCACUAAGGACUGGAUGCUCCGCCGGCUCCGCCUCCUGAGGAAGCGGCACUGGUGGCUGGAUGAGCAGAUUGUUGACAACCUGCCAACCCAAAUCAAAAAAGUGUUUUGUGAGGCGUGCCAGCAGAAGCCUGGUCUGUAUGCUCAGGUGUCUGAGAUGCUGCCGGUCAGAGUGGCCUCCUACAUGCUCCUGCCCUGCACACUACCUGUGGUAUCAGCCUACUCAGUGGGCAAGAGGUUUGUGGAGUGGAUCCCAGAGGUGCCUGCAGAUAUGCGUUGGCUAGCUGGGGUGGCUGGGGAUGUGGCUGGGAGCGUGUACAGACAGACCCGGAGAGGAGCACCAGCAGACAUAACCAGUGAUGGUUCCCUGAGGAAUUGCAUGAGCCUGCCCCUACCCCUGGACAGUGACGGACCCAGGGAGAGAGACUGUCACCUCUCCGGGUUCGCUCUCUCUGCUCUUGACCUCCAAAGUCAAUACUGGAACAUCCCCACCGCCCCCUCUUCCCGCCGCCCCACCAGCCCCCUCAUGCCCAGCCCCUCCCCACGACAGAUCUGCUUCUUUGUUGGCUCGCAGGACGAGACUGACUGACAGUCCCAUCCACCAAUGAGAGGACACUUUGACUUUGUUUUAAAAGAUGAUAGGACAGUCCAGCUCAAGAUCCCUCCCACAGGGCCUGUCUAUAGGCUAUAGGAACUGGGAUGGACAAAUGAUGGUCAUGUGAUUGAAUAGCUUUGGGAUCCAGAACUGUUGCUAUAGACACACUAAUCAUGUCUUUUGAUCAGUCUAACAAUCAUAUUUUAUUCUACAGUACAUAUUGUAGAACAAUUUACCAGCUCACCACCAAAGGCCUCUGCAAGUGAAUUCUUUUUUGAAAUUAUACAUUUUAUAAAUAACUAUGUCUAGUUUUUCCAGAUUACUUGUUGUCACUACAACUAUACCUACCUACUUACAGUACCUACCAACCAGAGGACGCUGGUGGAAGGAGCUAUAGGUAGACUGGCUCAUGGCUGGAAUAGGAUAAAUGGAACGGUAUCAACCACAUCAAACAGGGGCGGCAGGUAGCCUAGUGGUUAGAAUGUUGGGCCUGUAACCGAAAGGUUGCUGGAUUGAAUCUCUGUAACGGCGUUCUUCGUUUGUUGAAAGAGAGUCGGACCGAAAUGCAGCGUGGUGGUUACUCAUGUCUUUAAUGAAUGAAUCGCGGUACAUGAAAUAACUGAUACAAAUACAAAACAACAAAACGGAAAGUGAAACCUAAUUACAGCCUAUCUGGUGAAACUACACAGAGACAGGAACAAUCACCCACGAAAUCCACAGUGAACCCCGGCUACCUAAAUACGGUUCCCAAUCAGAGACAACGAGAAUCACCUGACUCUGAAUGAGAACCGCCUCUGGCAGCCAAGCCUAUGCAACACCCCUACGCAGUCGCAAUCCCAAUAACACAAAACCCCAAUACGAAAUACCACAAAAUAAACCCAUGUCACACCCUGGCCUGACCAAAUAUAUAACGAAACACAAAACACUAUGACCAAGGCGUGACAAUCCCUGAGCUGACAAGGUCAAAAUCUGUCGUUCUGCCCAUGAAAAAGGCAGUUAACCCACUGUUCCCCAGUAGGUUGUCAUUGUAAAUAAUAAUAUUUUCUUAACUGACUUUCCUAGUUAAAAUAAAAAACAUAUGGAAACCACAUGUUUGACUCUGUUCCAUUAAUUCCAUUCCAGCCAAUACAAUGAGCCUGUCCUCCUAUAUCUCCUCCCACCAGCCUCCUCUGCUACCUACCUACAGUACACAGGAGGUUGGUAGCACCUUAAUUGGGGGGAUGGGCUCGUGGUAAUGGCGGUAGUGGAAUGGUAUCAAACACAUGGUUCCCAUGUGUUUUCUGUUCCAGACGUUAUUAUGAGCUGUCCUCCUCUCAGCAGCCUCCUUUGCAACAGUACAUACCUAUGUGUGUUCAAUUAAAUGUAGCAUUCAUUCCUAAUGGACUGUUGACCUGAGUUAAAGUUGACUUCCUUGACUAUGAGCUGUGCGUUUUCCUGAGUACUAUUAGACAGGACCCUUGAACUGAACUAUGAACUACUGUGAUGAGCUGUGAUGUCAAGAAAUUUGAAUGACAAUGUUCUUGAAAGUUCCUUUCAGAACUUCUCUUAAUGUUGACCGUUGCUUUUGCACAAUAACUUGAGUUGCAUAGGAUUCACAAUUUGUAUAUGGCAUCUCAAAUGGGUCAAUUUCAUGAAACCAGUUUAAAAAUGUAUGUAGAAAACUGAGUUAAAAAAAACCAUGAUGCAUCUGCAAAAUCAACUAUCAUUCAGAGGACUAAGAUGUCUAGUUUUUUGGAAAGUGUCUUAUUUUAAAAACAUUUGACAUUUUUGCCAGAAUUUUGUAUUUUUUUUACCCCAAAUUCUCUUUACUGAAAUGCUUUCGGAUUAAAUUCUCAAGUCAUUUUAUAUAUAUUUUUUAUUUAGGACAACCUAAUUUCAUAUGAAUAAGACACAAAAUAUGAUGCUGUAAUUUGUCCAUAAAUCAUACAGAUGGUAUACUAGUUGACUAUAAUAAUAUUUAUAAUUAAAUGCUUCAGAGUUCAAGUAACCGAAACAUCUCAACAUCAACUGUUCAGAGGAGACUGCAUGAAUCAGGCCUUCAUGGUUGAAUUGCUGCAAAUAAAUCACUACUGAAGGACACAAAUAAUAAGAAGAGACUUGCUUGGGCCAAGAAACACGAGCAAUGGACAUUAGACCGGUGGAAAUCUGUCCUUUGGUCUGAUGAGUCCAAAUUAGACAUUUUUGGUUCCAAUCCCGUGUUUUUGUGAGACGCAGAGUUGGUGAAUAGAUGAUCUCUGCAUGUGUGGUUCCCACCGUGAAGCAUGGAGGAGGAGGUGUGAUGGUGUGGGGGUGCUUUGCUGGUGCAUUUAAUCAAGGCACAUUUAACCAGUAUUGCUACCACAGAAUUCUGCAGCUAUACGCCAUCCCAUCUGGUUCGCACUUAGUGGGACUAUCAUUUGAUUUUCAACAGGACAAUGACCCAAAACACACCUCCAGGCUGUGUAAGGGCUAUUUGACCAAGAAGGAGAGUGAAUGAGUUCUGCAUCAGAUGACCUGGCCUCCACAAUCACCCAAACUCAACCCAAUUGAGAUGGUUUGGUAUGAGUUGGACCGCAAAGUGAAGUAAAAGCAGCCAUCAAGUGCUUAGCAUAUGUAUGAACUCCUUCAAGACUGUUGGAAAAGCAUUCCAGGUGACAACCUCAUGAAGCUGGUUGAGAGAAUGCCAAGAGUGUGCAAAGCUGUCAUCAAGGCAAAGGGUGGCUACAUUGAAGAAUCAAAUAUAAAAUAUAUUUAGAUUUGUUUAACACUUUUUUGGUUAAUACAUGAUUCCAUAUGUGUUAAUUGAUAGUUUUGAUGUCUUCGCUAUUAUUGUACAAUGAAGAAUAUAGCAAAAAUAAAGAAAAACCCUUGAAUGA